CCAGGCGGCAAUGGCGGCAAUGGCGGCAAUGUUUGUUCGUUCUCAAAAAGUUGUGUCCGUUGGUUCAUCGUUUCGAACCUCAAGAUUCAAUAUUCUGCGAUGGGGCGACGAAGCGGUUUUCGGUGCUGUAAACCUGGAGCGCCGAAGCGUGGUGGGGCAGCCCUGCAGGUGGCUGAAGCGAGCAGCUCCGAAGAAGGCACUGACUCCUGACAAGCUGGCAGCCGUGGGCACCAUUCUCUUCGGAGCUGCUUCUCCUGCGACCAUCUUGAGGAGCAACAAGUCCGUCAGCAUUCAAGCCAUCUCGGAGCGCACCUACAACAAGUGUCAGACUGGUAAUCCGAUGCCUGCUGUGAAUUGCAUACCUGCCAACUCUCCCGAAUUUUCCGGGAGCCUCCCGAAUUUUGAUCACAUCUCCCGAUUGUAUGGACGCGAUCUCAAAUCUCCCAAAAAAUGUCCACCGUAAUUUUUUUUUUUUUUUUUUUAAUGCCGCCUUAUUGCUAUAAUCAUCACGCGUGUGUCAUUGCGAGUUACUCAAGAGUAGGUUUAGGUUACUCCGGCGGGUUACCACGUGACAACUUAGAGCAGUAGCGUAAAACGAGGGUAGAUUUUCAAAAGCCAAGGUACGAAACCUCUACUCCUAAAGUUGGAGCGCAUUUUGGAACACGGCUUAUAUGACCAUGGGUGCGCUAGGCUUCAGUUGGCUUUGUCAGGUCAUCGAGUGAGGUGCGGGACGCAGCAGAACACUGAGCUUCUGCAAGGUCUCCGAGGCAAGAGCAUUGCCCUUGCUGGGAUGGACGCUGCGAUUCGCCAGGAUUCAGCGCAAAGUACUGCACCUACAGCUUCCACGAGGCAGUCACCAGGAAGGUCAUCCAUGUUGAGCAAGUGCAAGUUGGCGAGGUAACAUUUAUUAACUGAGGCAAACUAAAUUAUUGUAAAACUGAUUUGCCUCUUGUUUACAACCACUGUUCCUAUCUGCUUUAAAUCUGAUUGCAUUUAUGGAGGCCUUGCAUUGAUGCUGCAGUACAUUGUCUGUUGGAAGAAAUUAAUGCAUACACGUUGUGACCAGUCGGAUGAGGUGACGGAAGGCAACGCCAUGGAGAAGGUGGCAUUUGUUUGUGGCUUCACCAAGCUGAAGCAGAAGGGCAUACAGGCUACCAUUCUGAGGCUUUCCUGAAGCCAUUUGAUUUCAUACAAAAUAUGUUUACUUGGAGAAUAAAAAUUACUUGACACGUCAACUUGCAAUUUUUUUUAUUCAGCAUGUUAGAACACACAAUGCUUUAAAAGAAUAGCACAUAUUGGCGUAAGGUGUGCCUCACUAUCUG